GCCGGAACCGUUUUCUUCUCGAUCAUUUCUUACUUUCUUUUUAGAGAUAGAGAGAGAGUGGUCGGAUCUUUGAGACUUUCAGUCGAUGGGUAUUAAAUUAUUGUAUCCCUCAUCAUCAUAGUAUAUAUACAUGAUCAUCCUCAUCAUCUCUUUCUUCUAGUUUGGUCUACUCUAGAGCCGGGGUGUUCAGUUCAAUUCUUCAGUUGUUGAAUCAUGGGGUCUGCAGAGAGGGCUCUUUUUGAGCUGCACGGCGGAGAGGAAGAGGAUGAUAAAAAUAACAACAGCAGUGGCGGCGGCGGGGAUGAUGACGAAAAGCUGUUCGUGGGAGUCCCUCUCACGGCGGCGGCGGCGGCGGCGGUCCAGUCAGCAGCUUGCCAUAGUAAUCAGCGUCAGAUUUCGUUUGCUCAUCAAUCCCAUCAUCACCAUUUUCACUACCCACACAACAAUAACCAGAUUUCUUUCGGAAUGCUCCACUCCCCACCUUCCUCCUCUUCUUCCCACCUUCCUCCUCCGGGCAAUUUCAUGAGCAAGGAGAGCAGUGGAGGAGCAUAUGAUCUGGGGGAAUUGGAUCAAGCCCUUUUUCUUUAUCUGGAUGGUCAAGAACCUUCAUCCCUUCAAGAUCAAAGACGCGCAGAUAGUUCUGGGGGAAUGAGGCCACCAACUCUAAACAUUUUCCCUUCACAACCCAUGCAUGUCGACCCAUCAUCAACUAAUAAUAAGGGGAAUGGCGGAUUGAUAUCUUUGGAGACGGGGGGUUCCAAGAGACCAUCUCAGCCGUCCGUGGAGAUGUCAUCCAACACUAUAAACGACGUCGUUACUUUGGCUUGUGCAUCUACUUCCGAACCACCCAAAGCAACUAAGCGUGAAGGAAACCGCCGAUGUUCAUCUUCUACUACAGGCGACCAGGACAGUCCAAAAACCCCUGAUCCUAAGACGCUGAGGAGGCUUGCUCAAAAUAGAGAGGCGGCUAGGAAAAGCAGGCUCAGGAAAAAGGCUUAUGUCCAACAAUUAGAGUCAAGUAGAAUCAAGCUCACACAACUUGAACAAGAAAUUCAACGGGCCAGGGCUCAAGGGAUUUAUUUUGGCGGAGGUUCCAUGUUAGGGGGAGAACAAGGUCUUCCGAUCAUGGCCAACAUGAGCUCAGAUGCGGCGGUUUUCGACAUGGAGUACGCCCGGUGGAUGGAGGAGGACCACCGGCUGAUGUGUGAGCUCCGGAGCGCCGUUCAAGAGCACUUGCCGGAGAACGAGUUGAGGAUGUACGUGGACAACUGCUUAGCGCAUUUUGACCAAAUGAUCAGCCUCAAGGGCAUCAUUCUCAAAUCUGAUGUUUUCCAUCUCGUCUCCGGCAUGUGGAAAACUCCGGCAGAGCGCUGCUUCAUGUGGAUGGGCGGUUUCCGGCCGUCUGAAGUUCUCAAGGUAAUCAUGGGGCAAAUAGAGCCGAUAACGGAGCAGCAGCUGAUAGGGUUAUGUGGGUUGCAACAAUCCACACACGAAGCAGAAGAAGCUUUAUCACAAGGAUUGGGAGCUUUGAAUCAGUCUCUUUCGGACACCAUUGCAUCUGAUUCACUCACCUAUCCUUCAAACAUGGGCAAUUAUAUGGGCCAAAUGGCUACUGCUAUUAACAAACUCUCCACUCUUGAGGGCUUCGUCCGACAGGCUGAUCAUCUAAGGCACCAGACAAUGCAUCGUCUUCAUCAGAUUCUAACGACCCGUCAGUCGGCUCGGUGCCUUCUUGCCAUUGCGGAGUAUUUCCACCGCCUCAGAGCUCUCAGUGCUCUCUGGUUGGCUCGUCCCAGGCCUGAACAAUAAACCAUGCACAGUUGUUCUUGUCUAUACGUCCGCCCAUCCAUCUGGUGGCUCGCGCAUAAUAUUCUUUUUUUUUCUUCUUCUUCUUUUCAUUAGUUCUUUUUUCUAUUUCCUUCCUUGUAGACUGAAAAAGAACCAAUUAGGUUAAAUGAUAAUGUAGAUCAGAUAUGAAGAUGUCAAACUACUCAAGUUUUAUCUCUAAAUUGGUUAAAGCAGGGUGUAGCUAUUUGAUUUUGGGGAAUAGUAUUCAUAAAUUGUUUUUUCUACUUCAAUUUCCUUUAUGAAUUAAUUAAGUGCUCC